UUUUUUUUCACAUCCUCUUUUAGAUCUACGGUCACUUUCUAUUCAGAUACCGCGCACUUAUCCAGUGGGAUCACUUCUGUUUUAAAAGGAAAAAAAUGGGGAACUAAAUCAUGUGUACGUCAGGUUUUUUUCCACACAGACAGCAGUGAAGAAAGAGUAUGUAAGAAUCUAUUUUCUUGGAGCAGCUGUAGUAGGAGAGUUCUGGGCUAUGUGAUUAUCCGCCUCUCUUACCCGACUAGGGUUGGAGUACCUGGGACUCUGGUGACUGGGCUGUUACUCACACUUGGCGUCAUGUUGGCAGAAGGCAUCUUAACUAGACUCAUCUAUAAAGAAAGCUGUCAUCAAGAUAAGCCUCGCAAAUCUCAGGCAUCCAGAAGGGAUAAAGAAGGAAUCUGGAGACAGAAACUUGUAGACAACCCAAAAAUUAAAGGCUCUGCUGAUAGACGUGAGAAGCAGGAGGAGAUCUCUGCUAGAAAUAGCAAAAUGGAACACAGGAGCGGUCCUGAGCGGAGAGCUGUGAAAGCAGCACCUGCAAAGGACCAGAAAACACUCACUAAAGGAAUUGUGUCCCCAGCUUUAUGUAUCCCCAAAAGAGAACAAAGUGUAGGACAGUUGGAUUUGUAUAGAUCCUGGUCAUGCAACAGCAUUUAUCAAAACUAUCCCGACUUACAUAUUGGGGGAGACCGUGUGGGGGGCCAUACGUGUGAUUCGGGCUGUGUUCUGGACCGUGCCUGUGAUGAACGUCCCAACGGCCCCGUCCUGCUCUCGGCAGAUAUUCCUCUGGGUCAGUCCCCUCCCUGCGAGCGUCCCCAGACGCUGACUGCCCAGUCCCUGCCUGGGGACGAAGCUGGAGAAAGGAGCAUCGUGCUCUGCGAGGAGCCUCUCUCAAACUCCGUGCUCAACAAGUACAUGGAAACAAAAGUGGCAGAGCUCUAUAAACAGUUUUUUGAAGAAAACUUGACCAGGUGCGGUUCAGUAACAAACCUCCUCACGUGCAGCUUUCUGAGGAAUAACCUGAAUCAGAUCAGCUUUCAGGUGUCACAGGAGCAGAAUAUCGAAUCAUCCAAAGCCAGAGAAGUGCUCUUGCACUCUUUAGCUUUGUUUAGUUUGUGCAGUGCUACCAACAGGAGCAGUUCUGAAUUUAGUACUCCAAACUUACAAAUCUCAAACCCCGCCUGCGUGAAGAAGAGCUACAGGAUGCAGUUUACGUCGUGACUGACCAAGAGAUGAACAGGAUUCGGAUACGAAUAUUUUGCUCCGAGGAUUAGGUUGGGAAACGAGAACAUUUACACACUACAGGCUUUUUCAAAUAAAUAUUUUAAGUCUUAAACCAUAGUUUGUUAGCAGAGGAAGUAAAGGUCGUUAUUUUCUUUUUUUCUAAUGUAGAACGUGAAAUUAAUUUCUCUCUAAAAUACCGGUUAACCGUAUUUUUUAAAAUGUCUACGUCCUCCUUCUAAGACUCUGGCCGUAUGAGUUAUUGGAGUCAUGUACCAUUGGGUUUACUCCUGCAAGAAAAAUCAGUCAAGACGUGUGCUGGUGAAACUCUGCUCGAAGAGACUGAGCCACCCGGCCAGUACCUAAAAGAGUCAAGUUGUCUUUGCUGGACUUUGGAUUGGGCUCUGUAGUUGAAGCUCAAGACCUGGACAUUCAGGUUCAAAUUUUGCUCCUGCAAAGCUCGAUCACAGUCCCUUGAAAGAAUAUUUCUUUGUCUUGAAAGCCUUGUCAGCAGCUGGAGGUGCUGAGGACUCUGGAUUAUUUUGUACAUAGGAAAUACGUUGACAUGACACAGAAUGAAUUAUUGCAUAUGUAUGUAUUGCAUAGCUGGAGUAGUGAAAAUCUAGGUGAAAUAGUUGAUCAAGGUUGUAAAAGUAUUUGAUUUUUAAAUAAAACCUUACCUCUUUGA